UGGUCUUCACCUUCAUCGUUGCCCUCCUUGUCUUCAUUAUCAUUGUCCUCCUCGCCACGGUCAUCGUCCUCAGCUUCACCGUCGCUGUUCUCUCCUCCACAGUCAUCGUCCUCAACUUCACGAUUAUUGUCCUCACCACCACGGUCACCGUCCUCAUCUUCCCCUUCAUCAUCACCCUCCUCCUCAUCUUCACCACCACAGACAUCAUCCUCGUCUUCACCUUCAUCACCGCCCUCCUCCUCAUCUUCACCAUCAUGGUCCUCACCUCCACCGUCAUCGUCCUCAGCUUCAUCAUCACUGUCCUCUCCACCACGGUCAUCAUCCUCAUCUUCCCCUUCAUCACCGCCCUCCUCCUCAUCUUUACCAUCAUGGUCCUCAGCUCCACAGUCAUCGUCCUCAGCUUCCCCUUCAUCCUUGCCCCCCUCCUCAGCUUCACCAUCACUGUCCUCACUGCCACAGUCCUUGUCCUUGUCUUCACCUUCAUCACCACCUUCCUCCUCAUCUUCACCAUCAUCGUCCUCAGCUUCCCCUUCAUCCUUGCCCCCCUCCUCAGCUUCACCAUCGCUGUCCUCACUGCCACGGUCCUUGUCCUUGUCUUCACCUUCAUCAUCACCUUCCUCCUCAUCUUCACCAUCAUCAUCCUCAGCUUCACCAUCGCUGUCCUCACCGCCGCGGUCACCAGCCUCGUCUUCGCCUCCAUCUUCGAUGCCAUCGCUGUCCUCAUCACCAUCACCGGCACCUUCACCAGCCCCGUUAUCAUCAGACUCCAGUCUUCAUACUGUGGACAUAGCAAUCGAAUCCAUCACUUCUGCGGAAGAGCAAACACCAACAGCCCAUGAGAACCUGCUGCCCACCUCUUCAGGGAUGCCAGCAACUCAGCGGCCACCUUCCUCUGCACCGGCAGGAGGCUGGGCACCUGUGCGGCUGGUAGGCACCCCUGAGAGGUGUGCCGGCCGUGUGGAGGUUUUCUACCAAGGAGUCUGGGGGACAGUGUGCGAUGACCUCUGGGACCUUUCAGAAGCAAACAUCGUCUGCAGGCAGCUCAAGUGUGGCCGGGCCAUCUCAGCCCCGGGCGAGGCCCACUUUGGGGAAGGUUCUGGGAAGAUCCUCCUUGACGAUGUGCACUGCGGGGGACACGAGGGGCACCUGGGGGCAUGUUCCCAUGCCGGCUGGUUCUCCCACAACUGUGGUCACCGGGAAGACGCCAGCGUGAUCUGUUCAGAUGCUGAACACUCAACGGUCUCACCACCAGGUCACCAGUUGGCUACGCUGGCAGAGACAGUGGCUACAGAAAAUUCUCAGUGUGGUGGCAUUGUUAGUCACUCAUCUGGAAGCAUUAGAAAUCCUCCGAAGUAUGAAAUGCACGACAACAUAACCUGCACGUGGGAGAUCACAGCAAACACGUCUCACCGUAUACGGCUGGCAUUUCCGUGUCUCGACCUCGACUGCACCAAUGAAUAUGUGGAGAUCCUGGACGGUCCCCCAGCUUCAGCAAAGUCCCUGGGGAGGAGCUGCUCUGGCUCCCACCUCACCUACACGUCCUCCUCCAGCUCGGUGACCCUUGUGUACUUCCGAAGCUCCAACAACAUAGGCAAACACUUCACUGCUUAUUAUUAUUCUGCAAACAAAGAGGCUGUGUUACAGACCCCACAUCUAAUCACCAUCCCCACAUCAAUACCCAAGUCAGGAACGGCAAGACCAGGGAACGGGCCAGAGCUGCGGCUGGUGGGCGGCUCUGGACGCUGCUCAGGACGCGUGGAGGUCCUCCACCAGGGGGCCUGGGGCACCGUGUGCGAUGACCUGUGGGAUCUGAAUGAAGCCGAGGUCGUGUGCCGCCAGCUGGAGUGUGGGCAGGCCAUGUCUGCCCUCGGGAAGGCCCACUUUGGCCCAGGCUCAGGAGACAUCUUCCUGGACAACCUCCAAUGUGCCGGGGUAGAGCGUCACCUGGGCCAGUGUGCCCACUCGGGCUGGCUGGAGCACAACUGCGGCCACCACGAGGACGCCAGUGUCAUCUGCUCAGAUGCUGCAGAAUCUCUGUUGAACAGUCCAGGGGAAUGGCCAGGGCUGCGGCUGGUGGGCGGCUCCGGACGGUGCUCAGGACGCGUGGAGGUCCUCCACCAGGGGACCUGGGGCACCGUGUGCGAUGACCUGUGGGACCUGAAGGAAGCCGAGGUCGUGUGCCGCCAGCUGGAGUGUGGACAGGCCAUUUCUGGCCCUGGCGGGGCCUACUUUGGCCCAGGCUCAGGAGACAUCUUCCUGGACAACCUGCAGUGCUCUGGAGUGGAGCGCCACCUGGGCCAGUGCGCCCACUUGGGCUGGUCCGAGCACAACUGUGACCACCACGAGGACGCCAGUGUCAUCUGCUCAGCAGAUUCAGCAGACCUGCCUCCGCCCACACCUCCAGGUCCUUCUGUACCUUCUCAGGAUCACAGAGCAGGAGGAAGUCACUCUUGUGGAGGGGUCAUUUCUAGUCUCUCUGGCUCAUUUUCUAGUCCACGAUAUCCAGAAAACUACCCAACAGACAUCCAAUGUGUUUGGGAAAUUCAUGUGGAUAAAAAAUUCCGCAUAGAGCUCACAAUUCCAAGUUUGAAGCUGGAAGAUAUCCUCGGCUGUCCCUAUGACUCGGUGGAGAUCUUCGAUGGCCCCAGGAUCGCCUCGCUCUCCAUGGGGAAGUUCUGUGCCCCAGCAGCUGUGCUAUUUUUCUCCUCAUCAGAAAUCAUGACGGUGGUGUUCCGCAGCGAUUCGAUGAUAACCAACACCGGCUUUCAUGCUCUGUUCAAUGCGAUUGCACAGGGUGAAAGGGAAUCAGAAGAUGGACCAGUGCUGCGGCUGGUGGGCGGCUCCAGAAGGUGCUCAGGACGCGUGGAGGUCCUCCACCAGGGGUCCUGGGGCACCGUGUGUGACGACCUGUGGGACCUGAAGGAAGCUGAGGUUGUGUGCAGACAGCUGGAGUGCGGACAGGCCAUUGCUGCUCCUGGAAAGGCCCACUUUGGCCCAGGCUCUGGAGACAUCCUCCUGGACAACAUCCAGUGUUCGGGAAGCGAGAGCCACCUUGGCCAAUGCCCCAGCUCUGGCUGGUCAGACCACAACUGUGGCCAUCAUGAGGAUGCUGGUGUUGUCUGCUCAGGUGCUGGGAACUGGGCUACAGAUGUGACUCCUACAUCCAGACCUGCUGUUGGUCAAGUACCUAUACCAAAAGAGGGAAGUGACUCUUGCGGGGGAGUCCUUUCGAGCCUCUCAGGCUCCUUCUCCAGUCCUUGGUAUCCUACAAACUACCCCACCGACGUGGAGUGCAUCUGGGUGAUACAUGUGGCUGACAAGUUCCACAUACAGCUGACCAUCCCAAGCCUCAGACUAGAGGACAUCUAUGGGUGUCCCUAUGACUUUGUGGAGGUGUUUGAUGGACGGCAAGCUGCCUCGCUCUCCAUGGGCAGAUUUUGUGCUGGGGAAGAGCUCACAUUCCUCUCGUCUUCGAAUAUCAUGACCGUGGAGUUCAGAAGUGACGCCAUGAUCACCAGCACGGGGUUUUAUGCUCUGUACAGCACCAUUCCGCAGGAUGAAAGGGAGAGUGAGAUGUCCCUGCAACUGGUGAACGGCAGCCACAGGUGUGAGGGCCGGGUGGAGGUCUUCUACAACGGCACCUGGGGCACGGUGUGCGAUGACAGCUGGGACCUGAGCGACGCCAGGGUGGUGUGCCAGCAGCUCGGCUGUGGCGAGGCCCUGUCAGCCCCAGCUCAGAGCUACUUUGACGGGGGCACUGGUCACAUCAUGCUGGAUGACGUGCGGUGCACAGGGACCGAGGCCAAGGUGUGGCAGUGCACACACAACGGGUGGCUCUCCCACAACUGUGGGCACCAGGAGGACGCCAGCGCCAUCUGCUCCGGUAUUGGUGGCAAUCCAAAGGGAGGACCAACAGGUGUCACUGAUGACAGUCCCUCUACAGAUGAGAACUUCCACUGUGGUGGUUUGCUCACAAAUAACUCGGGCUCCUUCUCCAGUCCUUGGUAUCCUAAAAAAUACCCCACGAAUGUGGUAUGUGCCUGGGACAUCCAAGUGGACUCCAGGGCGCACAUCAAACUGACGUUUCAAGUGGUCAAAAUGGAAAAUUUCUACGGCUGUCCCUACGACUUCAUCGAAGUCUUCGAUGGCCCACAAAGUGAAUCUUUUUCCCUGGGGAGGUUCUGCUCAGGGACAACCCCAGUAUUUACCUCCUCCUCCAAUCGCCUGACCGUGGUGUUCCACAGCGACGCAAUCGUCACCAACAUGGGCUUCUACGCAUCUUACGAGUCCCUAGUUUACAACGAGAACGACACGGAUGUGGUGCUGAGGCUGACCGACGGCGGCCACCCGUGCGAGGGCCGGGUGGAGCUGCACUACAACGGCAGCUGGGGCACCGUGUGUGACGACAGCUGGGACCUGCUUGACGUCCAGGUGGUGUGCAAGCAGCUGGGCUGUGGCGAGGCCCUUGCGGCCCCUGGGCGGGCACAUUUCAAGCGAGGUGUGGGCCCCAUCGCUCUGGAUGAUGUAGAGUGCAUGGGGACAGAAGCCAGGCUGUGGCAGUGCCUGCACAGUGGCUGGUUCACCCACAACUGUGGCCACCAUGAGGACGCUGGUGCCAUCUGCUCAGCCUCUCGGCCUAGCCCAACACCAGCAGCUGCCGUGCGCUACACAACUUCAGCAUCUUUUCCAAAGCCAACAGAGAUGCCCAUAUCAACAGGUCUGGGCCUACGGCUGGCAAAUGGGUCAAGCAGGUGCGAGGGCCGCGUCGAGGUCUUCCACGGCAACACCUGGGGCACUGUGUGUGAUGACAGCUGGUCCAUCGAGGAUGCCCAUGUGGUCUGCAGACAGCUUGGCUGUGGCCUGGCUUUAUCUGCCCUCCCAGGGGCCAGCUUCAGCCCUGGGUCAGGCGGCAUCCUCCUUGAUGAUGUCCACUGCACAGGAAGUGAGGCCUCCCUGGAACAAUGCCCCCAUGGCAGCUGGUUCACCCACAACUGUGGGCACCAUGAAGAUGCUGGCGUCAUCUGCUCAGGUUCUGCAGCUGCUGAGCAUCCAGUUUCUUCAGCUCCUCAGGAUCAUCCACACAUUUUCCAUCAAAUAGAUCUGCCGGGGGUGAGGCUGGCCGACGGGAAGCACCCGUGCGAGGGCCGCGUGGAGAUCUACCACAACGGCACCUGGGGGACCGUGUGCGACGACCUCUGGAGCCUGCCCGCUGCCCAGGUGGUGUGCCAGCAGUUGGGCUGUGGGGCAGCCCUGGCAGCUCCCAGGAGCAGUCUGUUUGGCGACGGUGCCGGCCCCAUCUUCCUAGACGACGUGAGGUGUACAGGCAACGAGACCAACCUGGGACAGUGCCACCACCUCGGACUGUCUGUGCAUAACUGUGGGCACCAUGAGGACGCCGGGGCUGUCUGCUCAGCUGCUGAAGUGGCCCCAGCUCUGGCAAGCCCGGCUCCUGCAGUUGACCUGUCCAUCAUCAGGUUGGUGGGUGGGAGGAGCCGGUGUGAAGGCCGUGUUGAAGUCCACCACAAUGGCACCUGGGGCACCGUGUGUGACGACCUGUGGAGCAUCGACGCCGCCCACGUGGUGUGCCAGCAGCUGGGCUGCGGGGAGGGCAUCAGCGCCCUGGGGAGCGGCUACUUCGGGAAGGGUGUGGGGAGCAUCCUCCUGGACGACGUGCAGUGUCGGGGCACGGAGACCUCGCUAGGCCGGUGCCAGCAUCUGGGCUUGUCUGUCCACAACUGUGGCCAUCACGAGGACGCCGGCGUCAUCUGCUCAGCAUCAGCCACAGAAUUGACCGCUUCACCGGUUCCUACUUCAACUUCAGCCACAAAUUUGAUCCUCAUGACCGGCACAACUGUCACUCUAGAGGAAGAGACUCCUUUGCCUGGAUCUUUGGAUAUUGCUAUAACCACUCCAACAGCUUCCAUCCCAACUGCUGUGACCUCUUCACCAGAUGUUUCUUCAACCCCAGAAGAUGCAACCUCUCUAACUGAUGCAACUUCAGCCUCAACAGAAGUGGACGUCUUCUUUGAUACAAUUCCCACUCCCCCGCCUUCAGGAGAAGCUCCUUCUUCACCAGCUACAGAUUCAAUUUCAACAAAAGUGACUCCAUCAUCUGUUACAAUUUCAGUUGAAGAGGAAAUGGUCCCUUUACCUGACCGUGCGCUGCGCCUGGCGGGCGGACGGGGCCGCUGCGAGGGCCGCCUGGAGGUGCGGCACGAGGGCGUGUGGGGCACGGUGUGCGACGACCACUGGAACAUCAGGAACGCCCGCGUCGUGUGCCGCCUUCUGGGCUGCGGCCGAGCGCUGGGCGCCCCGGGCCGCGGCCGAUUCGGCCCUGGCAUCGGGCCCAUUCUGAUGGACGACGUGCGCUGCACGGGCCACGAGGACGCACUGGAGCGCUGCGCCCACGCGGGCUGGGCGCGACACAACUGCAGGCACAGCGAGGACGCGGGCGUGCUCUGCGCAGGUCCAGCGGACUCUGCUGUGCCCAAGGACAAUGCCCAGCUCUUCUGCUUGCCCCACCUCUUCCGAGCUGUCAUAGACCGAGGCUAUCUCCGGAGACUGGGCUACUCCUCCUGGGACAUCCACUUAAAUGAUAAUCUGUGUCGCCCACGAGUCAGUGGGCGCUUCCUGAUCUUCAACAUUCCAUACGGCCACUGCGGCACCGUCCGGCAGGAACACCUCGGCUCCCUCAGCUACUCCAACUCCAUCAGAGGCCGGAUAUGGGGCCACUCGGGCCGAGUGGUGGUGCGGCACAAGGUGCCCCAGGUGAAAUUCACCUGCAAGGUGAACAGUCCGUCCGCAGUUGAAAUGGCUCAUGGAGCUGGUGACCAGACAGAGGGUGCUGGCUACGAUGUGUCCAUUUCAUUUAUCCAGUCUCCCGGCUCCCAGCCUAUGGGGGGCAUGGUGCCAUACUCCGCCAGCCAGAGGAAAGAGGUCUUCCUCCAGGCCACCCUGCAUAGCGCCGACCCCAGCCUGAGGGUCUUGGUGGAUACUUGUGUGGCUUCUCCAGAUCCCCACGAUUUCACCACCAUCAAGUAUGAUUUGAUCCAGAAGGGGUGCAUCAAAGACAAAAGCUUUGCCAACCUCCCAUCCCACCAGAAGAAUGUGGCCCAGUUCAAAUUCAACGCCUUCAGCUUUCUUGACAGCUACGACGUGAUCUAUCUGAAGUGUGAGAUUGCUGUGUGCAGAGACGGGGACUCUUCCUCUCGCUGCUCCCAGAGCUGUGCAGGGCGGAGUAGGAGGGGUACAGGCCUCGCUGAGGCCAAGGAAAAGCAGACUGAGCACUUCCCAGUGGUCGGGCCACUGGAGAUCCACAGAGCAGCUGCUCAGAGCAAGACCCUGGUGUGAUGUCUGCAGCUUUCAUGUAAAUCUGUUAGAAAGUAGGAAGGAAGGUCCAUUUCCUUCAGUGAAGCAGUGUUUGACAAAUCAGACAUUCUCUACGUAGAGACAGGUGAAAGAAACAGAAGAGAUUGCUUCUCGGAGGUGUGUCACUAAAUAAA